CUUUUUUUUGGGACCAAUAAAAGAAAAAAAAAGCCUACGACUACUGAAAAAAAGUACUGAAUUUGGAAAGCCACUGACGUCCCAGUGAAACUAUAGUAUGUACAGAUACCUUGGUAAACGAUGGAGUGGGUCUUUACUAGGAAGAUCGAGUCAAUUGAGUCGGAGACAUUUAGAUGGACGUAUUAGGUGUCACUCUACCUUGAAGGAGAAACCAGACUUCAAUAAGGUCAAUCAGGCCUUUCUUGAAGAAGAACAAGAUAGGUUGAAGGAGAAACCAGACUUCAAUAAGGUCAAUCAGGCCUUUCUUGAAGAAGAACAAGAUAGGUUGAAGGAGAGACUAUCGAAAGAACAGGGGGGCGAUAGGCAGCAGCCAAAGACGUACGAUGACGUGAAGCUAAGGCAGAUCAUUGACUCGUCCAACUUGGGAAUGGAACAGAGAAAAUUGAAGGAGAAAGAGUUGAGGGAAAAGGAGUUGAGAGAAAGGGAGCUGAAGGAAGAAAAGUUGAAGGAAAAAGAGUUAAAGGAGAAGGAGUUGAAGGAGAAGGAGUUGAAGGAGAAGGAGUUGAAGGAAAAAGAGUUGAAGGAGAAGGAGUUGACGGAGAAAGAAUCAGAAGACAGAGAACUCAACAAAGAGAGUAUCAAGGAUACCCAAAAUAGAGAAAAGUCUCCGCCCGUCAAUCAUGAAGAUGACAUUUCUACUGUGACCACCGUUGAUCCCGAAAAGCCAAAUAAGGCAAAAGUAUUUCCAACACCAGUUUCAUCCAUCACCACCAAACAAAUCAAAGAACGAAUUGAAAGCGAGUUCAAGAAUCUUCCAUCGCAAAGAGAAAAGAUGAGACGGGAGCUUUCUAAAAAAAUGGAAACUUACUUGGAUUCUUUGCAGGAUACAAUUUUCACUGCUACUAGGGCCCUCAAUGAUGUUACUGGUUAUUCAUCGAUUGAAAAAUUGAAAAAGUCAAUCGAACAAUUAGAACAAGAUUUAAAGGAUUGUAAAGACCAGGUUAAACAAUGCAAAGAUAUAUAUGCAGAAGCCAUUCAGCGCAGAUCUACCCUGCAAAAAGAAAUGAACGAUUUACUUACCAGAAAGCAUAAUUGGAAUGCCGAAGAUUUAGAACGAUUCACCAUUCUUUACAGAAACGAUCAUGCCAAUGAACAAAAUGAAAUCAAUUCUCAAGAGAACUUGAAUAAUGCAGAACAGGCUGUCGAUGCAAUACAAUUAAAAUUGACCCAAUCCAUUUUGACCCGCUACCACGAAGAACAGAUUUGGUCCGAUAAAAUUAGAAGAGCCUCGACUUGGGGUACUUGGAUCCUUAUGGGUAUUAACAUUUUUCUAUUCAUGAUUGCAACCUUUUUCGUCGAGCCUUGGAAACGUAGAAGACUUGUUGGAUCUUUCGAAGAUAAGGUUAAGCAAGCAAUUACUGACUUACACGAAAAACAAUCUGGUCAUAUCGAUGAUCUCUUCUCCAAAGAUAAGCAAAAUAUAACCACUGGCCCAGCUACCGGCUUAGCUACACAGUCAGAUCAAGAAGAACAAUCAUCCUCCCUCUCUUCAUGGCUCUUUGAUGAUAAACCAAAGAAUACCCAAGUUCCUAAAGUCUCCUUCAAAGUCUCUCAACUUACUUGGACAAACUUAAAACUGUCAGUCAUUGCCAAUUACCACACCUUGUUCACCUCAAAGGACAUCGAUGUUGUCCAAUUCGACAAACCCGAACUUGGAAUCAUCGCUGCAUCUUUGACCUUGACUGGCUGUGUCUUGGGCUCUUUGGUAAUGUCCUGCUUUAAAUAGACUUAGCAUUAACGUUAUGUAUAUAGAUAAAAAACAUCCGUACAUUUUUAA